AGUGGUGUUGAUUUGAAGAAAAAUUGAGAAUUUUAAUUUUCAAAUUUCCAUGUGCGUUUCGUAUAGGUAACUUUCGCUCCCUCUGGUAGGCUUAAUAUGCCCCGGCCACGAGAUGUAAUCGAUCCCGGAUAUGAAGGAUGCAUUGUAGAAUUGAUUUUCGUGGAAAAAAAGUGGUGUUGAUUUGAAGAAAAAUUGAGAGUUUUAAUUUUCAAAUUUCCAUGUGCGUUUCGUAUAGGUAACCUUCGCUCCCUCUGGUAGGCUUAAUAUGCCACGGAAUGUGAUAGAUAGUGUGAUAACACUGACAACACACCAUGUAUAUAAUUUUGUGUAGAUACUAUAACACCGUUUUACAUGGGAAGACGGUGCCGCACCGCCUGCUUAGGCUGCCCGUCCAGUGGACGCGUUUUCGCGCGAAGAGGCGAACGGCGAAAUCACAAGUUUUCGCUUCUUCACGUCCAUUGCAAGCGAUCUGCCGCGCUCGCGAAGACGCGAACUCAGUCACCUCUCAUCUCCGUGUACGAACGCAGAAUGCCGCUCUCAGAAUUUUUGCUAUUAUAUGCAUUGGAUUCACCCGUUCUAAUGAGAAGAAGAAGAAAGAUGAGUCGGAAAAUGAGGCAGGAAUGGGUGAAGAACGUGUUUGUUCAUCGAGAAUGUGGAGAGUGGUUCCACCUGCAGAAGGAUCUGUCGCCCGAAGGUUUUUUCAACUACUUCAGGAUGGAAAAAAGCACCUUUGAAUAUAUACAUUCAAAGAUUAAGGACCGAAUUGAACGAUUGUCCAACUUCAGAGACACAGUUUCUCCAGCAGAACGCCUUGCUGUCACGUUGAGGUGCCUAGCUACCGGUUCGUCUUUCAUCUCAUUAAGCUAUUCGUUUCGGAUCUCCGAAGUGACCAUCGGACGCAUCGUACAUGAAACUUGUCAAGUGAUUUGGGAUAGCUUGCAUGAUGAACACAUGCCCUUUCCAUCUGACAAUCAAGUUGACAACAUCGUCUCUGAGUUUUGGGAAAAGUGA